UUUAUUUUUCAGUAAAUGUGUACUACAGUACUACUUGAUCUGAGGUUGGUUGACUCCAUAGAUGUGGAACUGCAGAUUCCCACUGGAAAUCCAUUAUAUGAAUCUUAUUACAAGCAGGUAGACCCAGCAUACACAGGGCGAGUUGGGGCGAGUGAAGCUGCACUUUUUCUAAAGAAGUCUGGGCUCUCAGACAUUAUCCUUGGGAAGAUAUGGGACUUGGCCGACCCAGAAGGUAAAGGGUUCUUGGACAAACAGGGUUUCUAUGUUGCACUGAGACUAGUGGCCUGUGCACAGAGCGGCCACGAAGUUACCUUGAGCAAUCUGAAUUUGAACAUGCCGCCGCCUAAGUUUCACGACACCAGCAGCCCUUUGAUGGUCACGCCGCCUUCUGCAGAGGCCCAUUGGGCUGUGAGGGUAGAAGAAAAGGCAAAAUUUGAUGGAAUUUUUGAAAGCCUCUUACCCAUCAGUGGUUUGCUUUCUGGAGACAAAGUCAAGCCAGUCCUCAUGAACUCAAAGCUGCCUCUUGAUGUCCUGGGUAGGGUCUGGGACCUCAGUGACAUCGACAAGGACGGGCACCUGGACAGAGAUGAGUUUGCUGUGGCCAUGCACUUGGUGUACCGAGCCCUCGAGAAGGAGCCUGUGCCCUCCGCCCUGCCCCCAUCCCUCAUCCCACCGUCCAAGAGGAAGAAGACGGUGUUCCCGGGAGCUGUGCCUGUCCUGCCUGCCAGCCCCCCGCCGAAAGACAGCCUCCGCUCCACGCCUUCCCACGGCAGCGUCAGCAGCCUGAACAGCACUGGAAGCCUGUCUCCCAAGCACAGUAUCAAGCAAACACAGCCAACAGUAAACUGGGUGGUGCCAGUGGCGGACAAGAUGCGAUUUGACGAGAUAUUUCUGAAGACUGACCUAGACCUGGACGGCUAUGUGAGCGGCCAGGAGGUGAAGGAGAUCUUCAUGCACUCGGGCCUCACCCAGAACCUUCUAGCACACAUAUGGGCCCUGGCCGAUACGAGGCAAACGGGGAAGUUAAGCAAAGACCAAUUCGCGUUAGCUAUGUAUUUCAUUCAGCAGAAGGUCAGUAAAGGCAUCGACCCCCCUCAAGUCCUCUCGCCGGACAUGGUCCCACCUUCAGAGAGAGGCACUCCCAUCCCGGACAGUUCAAGUUCUCUUGGAUCGGGGGAGUUUACCGGUGUGAAGGAACUUGAUGAUAUCAGUCAAGAGAUCGCCCAGUUACAAAGAGAGAAAUACUCACUGGAACAAGACAUUAGAGAAAAGGAAGAGGCAAUCAGACAGAAAACCAAUGAAGUACAGGAAUUGCAAAAUGAUUUAGACCGGGAAACAAGCAGUUUGCAAGAGCUGGAAGCUCAGAAACAGGACGCCCAAGACCGCCUGGACGAAAUGGAUCAGCAAAAGGCCAAGCUCCGAGACAUGCUGAGUGACGUCAGGCAGAAGUGCCAGGAUGAGACCCAGAUGAUUUCCUCACUGAAGACUCAGAUCCAGUCCCAGGAAUCCGACCUCAAGUCCCAGGAAGACGACCUGAACCGGGCCAAAUCUGAGCUGAACCGACUGCAGCAGGAGGAGACGCAGCUGGAGCAGAGCAUUCAGGCUGGGAAAGUUCAACUGGAAACCAUCAUCAAGUCCCUGAAAUCCACGCAAGACGAAAUCAACCAGGCAAGAAGCAAGCUUUCCCAGCUGCACGAAAGCCACCAGGAAGCCCAGAGGAGUCUGGAGCAGUAUGACGAGGUGCUCGACGGGGCCCACGGCGCCAGUUUGACCAACUUAGCAGAGCUGAGCGAGGGCGUCUCCCUGACAGAGAGGGGCGGUUUUGGAGCCAUGGACGAUCCUUUCAAAAAUAAAGCCUUGUUAUUUAGCAACAACACCCAAGAAUUGCAUCCGGAUCCUUUCCAGGCAGAAGACCCCUUCAAAUCUGACCCAUUUAAAGGAGCCGAUCCCUUCAAAGGUGACCCGUUCCAGAGCGACCCCUUUGCCGAACAACAGACGGCUUCAACAGAUCCAUUCGGAGGGGAUCCUUUCAAAGAAAAUGACCCAUUCCAUGGCUCUGCCCCCGACGACUUCUUUAAGAAACAGACAAAGAACGACCCAUUUACCUCAGACCCAUUCACGAAAAACCCUUCCUUACCUUCAAAGCUCGACCCCUUUGAAUCCAGUGAUCCUUUUUCAUCCUCCAGUGUCUCCUCAAAAGGAUCAGGUCCCUUUGGAACCUUAGACCCCUUCGGAAGUGGGUCCUUCAAUAGUGCUGAGGGCUUUGCCGACUUCAGCCAGAUGUCCAAGAUGAGGAAACAGAGGCACGGAGCCGGUAGCAGGGCCUCCAGAUCCCAUCCCAACCACUGUGCUCUGCAGCAGACGUUCUGGAAACUCGAGCAGCAGGUUUUGCAGAGACUCCCAGACUUUUGUACCUAAAAGGACAAGCGUCACAGAGCCUGGGAAAGGGGGGCGGCAGCAGUGGAGGGAGGGACCUCCUUGCUCCAUUGCAGCCCUUCUGGCUCAGAGCUUCCCGGCGGGCCCAGGUGGUCUUGGCAGGGAAAUGAGUCUUUCCCAUUAGACCCCAUCCUCCCCAGGGCCUUCUGCCCUGCUCUGCCCCUUGCCUGCAUCUGUGCAUGUCUCCCUCAUGGGCAUGAGGAGAGUCCCCAGACCUCCCGUGGGGGGCGGGCGGCGGGCUGCCAGCAGCCAAGGGCAGGGCCCGAGAGCCCUGGCCCAGGAGGUGGACGGCGUGGGUUCCCGCCCUGACUCCCCCGCUGAGGUGCUGUGUGACUAGCAGGCUGCAUCUCCUCCCCGUGCCUCAGUUUCCCUGUGUAUAAGGUAGAAGUGGUGACAGUAGGACUUGUCCCAAGGCCGUUGGGAAGAUGUGGUGAGAAGAUCAGCGAGCGUCUCCUACCCUGGCGAGUGAGCGUCUCCUACCCUGGCGGCCCCAGAGGCUUGUGGGGAGGAACCAGGGCGCCCAGUGGGCUUGGCUGAGUGUGCAGCAGCCACCCCGGGCCCCCUCCUCCUCCCUGGGGGCUGGCCGCCUCUCUCCCACCUGAGGCUAGUAUCUAGGUACCAGGGGCAGAGGCGGCCGCAUCCCCGUCCCCGUGACCGGAUCCGGAAGAGGGGGAGCCGCGUCCCCGUGACUGGCAUCAGCCCUUCUCCCCACUUCUCCAGUGAUGUGUCGGAACCAGAUUACCUAAGAAGGUCCCACAAGUGCACUCUUGUGUUCCUGCUUUGUCUUCUGUCCCUUGACCUGCCCCACUGGGGAGGGCAUCACAAGUGCCCCUCCUCACGCAACCCCCCCCCUCCACCCCUGCUGCGUGUGGCCCACCCUGUCCCACUGCGCGUCUCCUUUCCUUUGCUUUUUGAGGACCGUAUCAGCAUUUUCACUCCCGUGUCCACCAAUUCCUUUAGUGUCUAGCAGCUAUGAAUCUCCUUGCUCUACUUUUUCGUAAACGUGGUCUCCCACCUCUGUAGAAAGCAGUCUCCUCCCUUUGGGGUGCAGCUCUGGCUGUCUGUGCGCAUCCGUCUGUCGGUGGAGGUUUGUUAUGCCUAGUACUGUGCUGGUGUUCCAGGUGAGGGUGCACAGGUAGACAAGUCCCUGCCCGCCGCAGGCAGUUGGCAGGUGUGCGCCCUGUCACUGGCACUUGACCUUCAGGCAACUUGCCCCAGUUAGGUGGGAGGGGCCUGAGUACCCGUCACUGCGGCGUGAUGAUGUGUGUCCCGUCAGCUCCCACCAGAAUGUCCGAGCAGUCAGUUAGUGGGAAGGGGUGUCAGGGAGAGCUCUGGGGGUGGCAGUGAGGUCUAGCCAGUCUCUGAGGAAGAAGAGGGGCUUGAGGUGGACGGAGUGGGCUGAGCCCCCACUUGGGGACUCUGUAUAUAUGGAGGCCUCGAGAUGGGGCACAAGGGGGUUCCAGGUACCAGGGAACUGGCCAGGAGAGGGUUGGGGCAACUGCAGGGAUGAAGCUAAAGCCCUGGGCAGUGGCAGGGGGGUAGGGUGGUGAGGGGCUGUGAGGGAGGCCCUGCGUGACUUGAGGAGUGCUUGGAGGUUACCUUCAAGCUUCAGGGCUGUUCAGUGCUACUACCCACCUCCCAUCUACCUAGCUCCCUACCUGCCUGGCAGCUGUACCUACCCAUCUACCCACCUGCCCACCCAUCUAUCCAGGCAUCUCUCUGUUGCUGGUUGACAUGGUCCCUCCUGGGUCUGAGGUGGUAGAUGUGGAGGUGGGUGGAAGCAGGAGGAGGCUGGGGGAGGGUCCGGGCCAGAGCUGACAAGAGCCCACUGGAGGCAGCGAUGGCUGUGCCCACGGGGCUGCGGUGGGCUCUGACCUGAGCCACUGGGUCAGGCAGCCCACGGGCACAGAGAGGGUCUGGUGCCGCUCUGACCCAGCGCCUGACACUGACUGAAGGGGGAGAGGCUGGGCGCAUCUCUGAAGUAUGAGCAGGAAGCCCAGGGGACCCUGGGGUCAGGAGAGACCUGAUAUCCCCCUGUGGGUGGCAGGAAGCACCCCACCCCAUGUCAGAAGGCCAUCGAGGCACCGGGUUACUCUCACUUGCUCUGUGUGUUUGCUGGCUGCUCCUCACUGGCCAGAGGACCCCGUCUGUUGAGGGUGGAGGAAAGUGGGGGGGGCUUGUGAGAGACCCUGGGCCCGAGUGGUGGCCAUGCUGUGCAAGCCCGGAGGGCUCGGUGGAUGUCCGCUGCCUCCGUGUUAACGAUUAUCUCUGCCUCUCUUUCGUGUCCU